AGCUAAGGAUCAGUGGUCACGUGCCCUCUGCCCCUUCUCCCGCAGAGGCAACAUGGCGGCCCCGGCAGGCAGUGGCUGGGAGGUUUGAAUUACCGUACUUGGAGUUGCUGCAGCCCUGAUGAUGGCGUCUUCGGCUUUGUGCGGUUCGCGUCAGCUUCCCAAGGAGCUCCUUGGAGACCUCUCUUCACAGGAAGGAGAUGAGGACUGUGAUCUUGAAGAUCAUGUCAGCGACUCGGGUUCAUAUUCGUCUGCGAGUAGCGAUUAUGAUGACCUUGAACCUGAGUGGCUGGACAGCGUGCAGAAAAAUGGAGAGCUGUUUUAUUUGGAACUGAGUGAGGAUGAAGAAGAAAGCCUCCUUCCUGAGACAACUGUUGUGAACCAUGUCAGGUUCAGUGAAAAUGAGAUCAUUAUUGAAGAGGAUGAUUACAAAGAAAGAAAAAAGUAUGAACCCAAACUCAAGCAGUUUACCAAAAUUUUAAAAAGUAAAAGACUUUUACCCAAGCGCUGUAAUAAAAAAAAUAGCGAUGACAGUGGGCCAGUCUCCAUUCUAAAGCAUCAGUCCAAUCAGAAAACAGGAGUCGUUGUCCAGCAGAGGUACAAAGAUGUGAAUGUUUAUGUGAACCCCAAAAGGCUAACUGUCACCAAAGCCAAAGAGCAACUUAAGCUUCUGGAAGUGCUGAUUGGGAUCAUCCAUCAGACCAAGUGGAGCUGGAGAAGAACUGGGAAGCAGGGCGGUGGAGAGAGGCUUGUGGUCCACGGCCUGCUGCCAGGAGGAUCCGCUAUGAAGAGUGGUCAGGUGUUAAUUGGUGAUGUUCUUGUUUCUGUGAACGAUGUUGAUGUGACCUCUGAGAACAUAGAGAGAGUUCUGUCUUGCAUUCCUGGACCUAUGCAGGUGAAACUGACAUUUGAAAAUGCAUCUGCUGUGAAAAAGGAAACAAUUCAACCACGACAGAAAAAGGCACAGUCUAACACAGGUGAUCUAGUCAAACUUCUAUGGGGAGAAGAGGUUGAAGGUAUCCAACAGAAUGUCGUAAACACUCCUCAUAUCGUUAUGUAUCUCACACUAGAGCUGGACUCAGAGACAUCAAAGGAGGAGCAGGAAAUUCUUUAUCAUUAUCCAGUAUCUGAGGCAUCUCAGAAGCUUAAAAGUGUGAGAGGGAUAUUUCUCACGCUCUGUGACAUGCUGGAAAAUGUAACUGGAACACAAGUUACCAGCUCAUCCCUUCUUUUAAAUGGGAAACAAAUUCAUGUGGCUUAUUGGAAAGAAUCUGACAAGUUGUUGUUAAUUGGUCUGCCUGCUGAAAAAGUUCCUCUUCCUCAGCUAAGGCAUAUGAUAGAGGAUGUUGCCCAAACCUUAAAAUUUAUGUAUAGUUCUUUAGAUAGUGCCUUUUGCCAGGUCGAGAAUGUGUCUCAUUUGGAUCACUUUUUCGACUUGUUCUUUCAAAGAGCACUGCAGCUGGCCAAACUGCAUCGCAGUGCCAGCCCCAACAUACAGCGGUAUGAGACCUCUAGUGCAGUACUUCUGGAUAAUCUCCCUGGAGUUCGGUGGCUCACACUUCCACAGGAAAUCAAGAUUGAAUUAGACAUGGCAUUGAGUGACUUGGAGGCUGCAGAUUUUGCAGAACUGCCCCUGGCAACCACUGAUCUGUUUUCUGUCUCCAUGGUUUUACCUUUUCUGGAAUGCCAUUCCGAGGAUUACUAUGACAUGAGGCGGCUGUAUACGAUUUUAGGAUCAUCUCUAUUUUACAAGGGUUAUUUGAUAUGCAGUCAUUUGCCUAAGGAUGAUCUUAUUGAUAUUGCUGUAUACUGUCGUUACUAUUGCCUACUGCCUCUAGCAGCAAAACAAAGAAUUGGUCAGUUGGUAAUAUGGAGAGAAGUGUUUCCUCGAUAUCACCUUCAACCUUCUGUAGACUCAAACACUGAAGUCUUUCAGGAACCUGAAGGGAGAUAUUUUUUGCUAAUUGUUGGCUUGAGGUAUUAUAUGCUAUGUGUACUAUUAGAAGCUGGAGGCUGCACAUCCAAAGCUAUUGGAAAUCCUGGACCAGACUGUAUAUAUGUGGAUCAGGUCAAAACAACUCUUCACCAGCUGGAAAGAGUAGAUUCCCGCAUAAAUGAACGACUAACAUCUUCUCCAAGUCCCUGCUUGUCUUGUGCUGACUGGUUCCUUGCUGGGUCACAUGAAAAAUUAGAUGGGCUGACAACCUCACCUAUCCUCAGUAGGCUACAGAGUACUUCCAAAGUAGCAACCUCUCCAACCUGCAAAAGAACUCUUUUUGGUGACUAUUCCUUGAAGACACGUAAGCCCAGUCCUUCCCAAAGUACUGGAAGAUCUGAAAGUGGUUGUGACGCUAGAGAAGGUGUUGGCCCAAGCCCCCAUUCUACACUGGAUGCCGCAUGGAAGCAAAGAGAAUCUCAGGGCUCUGAUGGUUCAGAAGAAAGUCAGGCCUUGCUUAAGAUGACUAAAAAGAAGUCAACUCUUCCAAAUCCAUUUCAUUUGGGGAACUUGAAAAAGGACCUUUCAGAAAAAGAAUUGGAAAUAUAUAACACAAUGAAAUUGACAUCUGGUCCUGAGAACACACUUUUCCACUAUGUUGCCCUAGAAACGGUGCAAGGGAUCUUUAUUACUCCUACCCAUGAAGAGGUGGCCCAGCUAGGCGGCUCUAUCCACCCGCAGCUGAUAAAGAAUUUCCAUCAGUGUUGUCUCUCCAUCCGUGCAGUUUUCCAACAGACCUUGAUGGAAGAGAAAAAGAAAGCAUUAAAUGUUGGAGAUCAUUCUGGUUCUACAAAUUCAGUGUCUUCUCUAAACCCUGUGAAAGAACAUGGUGUGUUGUUUGAAUGCUCACCUGAAAACUGGACUGAUCAGAGAAAAGCACCACCAGUUAUGGCUUACUGGGUAGUAGGGAGACUCUUUCUUCAUCCCAAAGUUCAAGAACUUUAUGUUUGUUUUCAUGACUCAGUCACAGAAGUUGCCAUCGAAAUGGCCUUUAAAAUGUUCUUUGGAUUAACCCUGUAACCAUGUUUUCUUGCUGCACAGCAAGAAAUCUGCAUGGAGCACUGAACAGUAUGAGGAUUGCCAAAAUCCACACACAAAAGAUAAGGUUUAGCUUCUUUUCACUGUUCAAUAUUGAGCAUAAUGUUAAGUAUCAAAAUGACAUGCUGUUGGAUUUGAUGCACUAGAUCUUACGUAGUAUUGUGAGACUUAUGAAAAAAUACUUGAUCAAAAUAUGAAUUGUUAACUUCCUUCCAUUUCUGUAUAUAAUAUUAAUUUAUUGACUAGUUUGAAAUAAUGUGAACUGUUUUAUACACAAUAUAGGAACUAUUUAUCUUGGAAAAAUACCCAAUUCAUUGUGUAUUUUUCUCAAGACUAAUAUUGAUAUCUAGUGAAAAAAUCAUGAAACUAGGAGGACAAAAUAAGGUCCUAUAACUAAUUAGUGCUGUGACCAUGAGCAAGUCUUUGUACCUCUGAGCUCAGGGCAUUCUGGUAUCAUGGGUAUUAAGGCACUUUGUUUAAAAGUAUUUAUGAAAUGUCUUACACAUUUCUUUAUAUGUCCCCCAAAACACCAUGAGCUAUUUUAAACAGAAUUAUUAAUAAAUGCAGCUAUUGGUCAUCUCAGAGUUUCAAACAGACUGAAAACUUGGGGUUUUAUCAUAGCAGACUUUUUGUUUCAUUUAAUGAAAUUUUAGUCUGUUGAACUGUUUUCCUGGUGUCAAAGAAUCAUGAGGCCACCACUCAAUAACUGAAACAAAGCAGACAAUACUGAUCUUAAUAAGGGUAAAUCAUUAGCUAUAUUGUAGGUGUAUACGGUAAUGCCCAUGUUGCAGAGAGAUAUUGUUUUUUUAAGAGAUAAAACCAAACAUCACCUUGGUUUUCAUCUCGAGAUGGAUACUGAAGUAAACAUCGUAAGUAAGCUUAGCAGCUCAUUUUUCCAAAUAUGUUUAGAUUCACAUCUAAAAGUAGAGCAGUCUGAUUCUAGUAAGUGCCUGUCACUUUAUAAAAUAAAGGGGACAAAGUAACAGUGCAGACACCCCAGAGGUAUACUCUUUAGCAGGUAUAGAAACAUUUUUAAGUUGGAUUUUGUUAGCAUCCUUCAAAUGGUCUCUUUCACCAAAGAAAAUUAAUGCAAAAGAUUAUAUAACCACCAUUUAAAAAAAUAUAUCAAGUACUGCCUUACCACCAUCAUGUUUUAGCCCCCCAAAAUUCCAUUUUAAAUUCUAUGCCCUCUCCUACCUCCCUCCCCUUUCUUUAGCUCUCAUUGGUUUGUUUGUUUGUUUUUUUGGUUGGUUGCUUGCUUGGUUUUUGCUUUGUGGGGUUAGAAAACUGCACUUACAAGGGAGAGUUUCUUAUUUAUGCCAAGAGACUGUUGAUGAUGUCGUAUCAUCUGUAUAGGCACAAUAGUAAAUAUGCAGUGUCUGCUUUUUUGUAUUUCUAAUACAAAUGGGAAAACCUGUGAAACAAUUUACUAGGUUUGUCUGCUUUGAACAUUCUGGAAAAUAAUAUUGUGAAUAACUGUGUGCGUUCUCUCUAAAUAGUGCCUGGCACAUGUUAUGUGCUAUAAAAGUGUUAAGGAUACCACUAAUAUUACUACUAAAUAUCCACUGACUGAAAACCAAGGAGUCAGCUAAAUCAUACCUGCUAGUGUACAAAAUGUUGGAAAGCAGCCGAGGGAAAGUAGUCAGCACUAAACACUUUGAAAACAAGGAUUUAUACUUGGAUAUGUUUAAAUGUUAUUAAGACUUUAAUCUGUACACUAAACUGUGUGGAAAUAAUUUUGUAGAGCUAUAUUUCUAUACUCUACAUAAUUGAAGCUAUUUUUAUACUAUAUUGAUAGAUUUUAAUAAAGAUGGUUUGGAGGUUUGUUUGAA